CAAAAAUAGAAUACGAAACUAUGGUAUCUAUAUAAAACGGCAGUAGAAAGCAAAGAUCUCGCACAUCACAGUAAACAAAAUGGCAGCGGCGGUGCUACUUAAGCAUACUUUACUUAUUGUACUGGUAUGUCUCGUGUAUGAUGCGCAUGCAAAACCAAAUGGCCGUGGUAGAAGCUUUGAGAAAUGUAGAAAAGAUCUUGAGCGCUGUAUGAUUGGUGGAAGAGGGUUUGCUUGCCAAGGUACUGGAUUAAAUGUCAUGUGUAGACAAAGAGAUGUGAUGUGUGAUGGUUACGUAGACUGUCCUUGGGGAGAGGACGAGAAAUACUGCAAUCGUCCAACAAUACGACCUUCUUCACGUACCAAAUUUUCCACAACAACAAUUGUCAGAACAACAACAACAACCCAAACCAGUACCACCACCUCGACCAGAACUAACUCGGUCACCAGUACAUCCACCACAACUUCCCAGGACACUUCAACUUCCAUCACAACGACUACUUCUACGCCUUCCAUAUCAUUGGCUUCCAGCAGUGCAUGGUUUACGACGACAGUUACAUCUACACUUACUGCAGCAGUUACUGGAGUAGUACGUCUUAAUAUCGGUGACACGGUCUCUACCGGUCAAACAUGUAUAUUAGAUAGUGUAGCUGGGGGUGUUCCAGCUUUGGAAGGUGACUUUCGGAUCAGGACGACCUCCACUGAAACAACUCUAAUCAUUUCAGUCACCGCGACCUGCACACCGACAACUGCAACUGUGAAUUAAACAGGCGUACUGUCUAACUAUGUUUAAAGCAGUAAGCAUGCUUGAUAUAGUAUUUGUUUUUAUUAAUACGCAUAUACCUUCUCAUUGUAACACAGGGAGAGAACAACAAUAUUAGUAUACAGGCUUAGAGACAAUGUUUGCGCAUAUUUUAGAAAUAUCUCCUGACAAAAACAUUCGCAACUACUGAACAUUAUUUUGUAAAAUACAUAAAUCAGGUUUUAUUUGUAAUAGAAUCUAACUUCAACUGAAGAUACGAUCUUAUAAUUAGCAAGUUAUACCCUUGUAACAUUAGAUGAAAUAAAUUUCUGAUUACCUACGCUAUUUUAAAACUCGGUUUGUUUAAAUACAUUUUUAUCAAAGUAUCUCCCAUUAACACAUUGAUUUUUUUUUAAAUACACUCUUUAUUCUUUAGUCUGCUUGAUAUCAAGCCUUUCUCCUUCAGUAAGGUUGUUAGUAUUCUAUUAUUCUGUUAUUAUAUCUCGAAUUCGGCUAACCAACGCCAUUUAUUCGGAUAACAUUGGCGUCAAUGUUUUGUUGCGGCCAAGAAACAGUGCUACUUUAUUUCAUCUUCUGCUUUAGAUAAAGGGCUUAUUAGAAUAGAAAUAAUUUAUAGCAAAAUCGUGUUUUACUUAAAUUAAUACAGUCAAAAUCGGUUAUACGUCGCCAGAAUAAUUCACUCGGGGCUACACCCCCGUGAAAUUAUUCCGCUUACGUAUAACCUCUUUUUCAUGUAUUAAUAACGUUAAAACACAAUUUUUCUAUACAUUAUUUCUUAAAUAAUGUUAAGAAGAGAAAUGAUUCAAAAUACUAUGAACAGUCUAGCCCUCUUUAAUUAUUAACGUGUAGUCGAAAGGAUUCACAGUUUUAAUUUCCAAAAUAUUCUUCUUUUAUCUUUUAUCAAUUACUGUUGCUAUGUAGAGCAAUAAUCAACAAAUAUCAGUCUGAAGGAGUUUAAACAUUAUUUAUUUUGUAACAAUCUUUGCAUUUUUUUGUCGAAUUACUUUCGAACAAAAGUUUCUAAUAUCCAACGUAAGAUAGGAAGAGUUAUUCUUUUUAAGUUCCAGAAUGUCUUUUGUAUUGUUUUAAGACAACUGUCACUGUUGCUAGUAGUAAUGAUUAACACACUUUUGGAACGCUCUUUGUUUCCAUCUAUAAUAGAAUAUGAAUGGUAUGUAACAAUUUCAUUGUUGUCAAAAUCCUGAAUGUAAAUCCUUUGCAAGUUAUUCCAAUAGCAGUUUCCGAGAAAGAUCAAUCAAGUCAAAACCUACCACAAAUAUUUUUUAAAUAUCGGUCAUAAUUUAGACUGCACUGAUAAGGUUUGACGGCUAGGCGCGUCUUUGAUAACGCAUCAAAAUCUCUCUUUCUUAAUAGCUUGAACAUCAUUUUUUCUUCUACCGAAAGCAGGAUGCAAUUUCAAAAUAAGUAUUUAAUGAAUUAUACAGACAAAAAAACGACAACAAUAAAAAACACACAGAGGGAAGAAAGUAAUUGCAAAUAUCAUGCUGAAAUAAUGUUUGCAGUAUGAGUAUAAUACUAAGUGCCAGAAAUAACUAACCUAGGAUUAAUGAAUUUUAAAUCCGUAUAGAUUGAGUUUAAUUUUUAAAAAAAAAACAUUUUUUUUAAAUCACUACUUCUUCAACAUGUGUAAAGGUUUAUACUUAUGACGGGUUUGUUUUUAUUAAAACCUUGAUGCUUUAUAAUUACCUUUAUACUUGCUGAAUAAAGAAAAUGAAAUAAAAAGUCAAUGAGU